AUGAUUGGAUAAAUUGAAGAAAGUUCUGAGAAUUAAAGCAAGUAUAUUACUAAAGAUAGAGAUGAGAUAAAAUUUAAAUUUCUCAAAUAACAUUUCAGAAUCUAAUUCAAAGAAUCAUAUAAAUAUAUAGGUACUUUCUUAUUAUUUUACAUCAGGUUUUUAUUUACUUUUUAGUUUUGGAAAAUAUCUUGUGUGUUUUUACAGUUUAUAAUAGAGGGAUUAAAAGUGUGAUCUCAAUCCAUUAGUUGUAUGGUUAACAAUUGUGGGUAUGUAUGAAUUUUUCAAUUCAAUUCGGUAUUUCAAUAAUCCUAAUAUAGAUACUUAGCAGUCCUACAUUCAUUAUAGAUGAAUUCAAAGGAUAUUUUCUUAUUAGUUAUGGCUGAUAUGUUAACCAAAACAUCAAAUGAAUCAAUGAAUCUAAGUGGCAUGUAAGAAAGGAAUAGGUAAUAAUCAAUUUAAAUAAAUCCAAGACGAGCAUAAAUCAAAACUCUUAUCAAAAUGAAAUUAUCCACUCUUGAAAUUUCAUAAGAAGAAUGGAUUACUGAACCUCCAUUCACUUAAUAUGAGAUCAUUCAUUAGGCUGAAGUUCUCAACAAAUAUACUAGAAUCAUGAAAGUGUAUAAUUAAUUUGUUUACUAUUUGAUAUUCACAGGAGGAAAUGUUGCAUAUUUCUAAUCAGAUUCAAAUGAUUGUGAUGAUAGUAAUUAACUAAUAUUUAUUUUUUAGAUUUAAACAAUAUAACCUUUGUACUUUUAUUAAUUGGAUAUUUAUUUUCUGCAUUUCUCAUUAUUGGAUUUGGAUUAGCCAUUAUAUCUAUGACAUUGUAUAUGCCUAUUAUACUCUUUUUAUUUAUAUUUAAGUCCACUUGCAAAAUUAUCAAAAAAAUUCAAACUAAUGUAUAUUAUUAUAUAAAAUCUUAGAAUAAAAUAAAGAAAAUGCGUAUAUUUCAUUAUAAUAAUUCAUUGGAAGCUUCUUUUAUAUAAUGUAAUAUUUGCAUGUUUGAUUAUGUUGAAAAUGAUAAGAUUAUCUAGUUACCAUGUAGUAAUAUGUAAAUCAAUAUUUUAAUAUAGGCAUCAUUUCCAUGAUCAAUGUUUCUAAUAAUGGGUAUUAAUUAAAUAACAAUGUCCUGUAUGUCGUAAAUUACUUUGA